UAAAGAGGUAACAUGUGGUGUGGACAAGCAAACCAGGUGACAGCAAAGCGUAGUAUACCAUUUUGUAUUGAGUCUGACGAUAUCAAUCUACUGGACAAUGUCGGAGUUCAACAUCAGACGCGCAAGUGAGGAAGAUGUGGACGAAAUAUAUCGGAUGCUCCGUCACAUUUAAAAGAACCAGACGCGGUGACGACAACGCCAGAAAAGUUGAGGCAAGAUCAGAAGCUAUACCAGUGUAUGGUAGCGGAGAGUAUGACAGCUGGUGGUCAGUAUUACAUAUCAAUACCAACAACAUUUUGAAUGUUUUAGAUUCUGCCUCAAAACCUUUACUAGGCUUUGCUCUGUAUGUGUACAAAUACGAUGCUUGCAAAGGACAGAUGGCUAUCUUGGACAGUUUUUACGUGGCCCCGGAAAACAGGAGCAGGGGCAUAGGAUUAAGCUUAAUGAAAGCGGUGGAACAGGAUGUUGCAGAAUGCGGUUGUAGUCAGAUGGAGAUGCUGGUUCACGAUUGGAACGCAAGAGCUAUUGAGUUUUAUCUCAAAAGGAGUGCAGUUAAUUAUACCGACCAAAUGCAUUGGCACAUUUACAGGAUACCAUUAUCAAAUAUAUCAAAAACAUAAAAAUUGUAUUUCCAAUAACAACAGAAUGCUUAUGGUUUAAACGUUUCAAUUUGUAUAUUUUGAAGCUAUGAGUAUGAUAGCAAGCAGAGUGUUAUUUGAUGCCUAAACUAUAAAUGAUAUUGAACAAGGAAGUCAAACUCAUUAAUCAGAGCAUAACCAGAUAACGAUACUCACCAAUAAUGAACCAUUUGUUAAAUAAUUGUUUUACCUGUAUCUGUGGGCUGCCAAUCAUUUUAAUGUACACAGCGUUACAAUUAUAAUCAAUGAACAUGAAAGGUGUUUUUGUAUUUAUUAAUGUAAUAGCAUUUGUAAUAUAUACAUUUAUAAAAGUAAAACAAUAUAGAGUAGGCAGUAGACUUAAUGUCCUGACAGGUAAUUAUCACUUAUUUAGUUUUAGUUAGUUCUGCCUAUUUACUGCACACCUUUAAUCGAAAGAGGUAAACACAUUAAUCCAAUGACAACGUUGCAAUUACAUACUAGAAACUUGAAAACCGUGUCCAAGUUUUGGAAGAGCAAAUCAUUAAUGAACUCGCAUGAUAUUCCUGAACCCGAGUGGCAUGAAAAGGAGAUUGACAGAUGAAGAUACUACUAUAAAUAAUUCAGCAUAAAUCGCAAGGUUUGACUAUAUGUUGUAUUUUACACAUUCAUGUAUGAUAAAGAAAAUACACGUGCUGCGAAAAUGCAAUAUCA